GCUCCAAGAUGGCGGCAGCUUGCCGCCCUCCCCCGCCCGCGGCGCGAAGGAGGCGCACUCACCAGGCCGGCCUGCCGCGGCAGGGAGCGGGCGAGGACGGCGGCCACGCGGGCGGACAGCAUGGCGGCGGCGGGCAGUGUGAGGCAGGCGGGAAGCAGCGGCCGGCCCACGGUGCGCUCUCUCUACAAAAUGGCGGCGCCGCGCUCCGCCCCGUUAGGAGGUGGGGAGAGGAACCGCUCCCUGAGCGCUCCGCCCUGCGGCCCCGCCAAUGGACGCAGUGCUUCGUUCUCUUCGAAGAAGCUUCCUUCCUGCGGGGGGAGGUGCCCUUGAAAUGGACCUGGGAGGGCGGGGAGCGCGGGGACUGUGGGUUGGAGGCGGUUGAGGCCAAGGAGGGCUGUUGUAGGCGGAGUGAGGGCGGCAGGUCGAGGGAGGAGAUCCUCCCCCUCCCUUUGUAGGCCACGUUUAGAGUGCUGUGCCCGGUUCUGAUUCCGUAGUUCAGGAAUGACAGGGAGCUGUUGGAGGGAGUCCAGCUGAGGGACAGAAAGCUCUCUGGUGGCCUGGUGCAUCUCAUGUUUGAGAAUGAUGAGGUACCUGCGACACUUCAGCCUGGAGAAGGCGGAGAGAUUACUUCGUGGCUAAAGAAAACGUUUGAAAAUCAGCUGGUGCCACAGUUUGACGUGAACACAAAGACCACUGAUCUCUUGUAUGAGCUUGUAGAGUACAGUGAAGAAAGGGAGAGAGAUGUUUCUUUUCUUAUAGAGGACAUGAAGAAAAGGGCAGCAGAAUAUGAUGCAGGAGCUGAAUAUCUGCAGAGCCUUCUCACAGAAAGCCUUGGUCUUUCACCAUCCAGUCUGUCUGAAGAAGGCACUGCCCACCUUAACACUCUGGUAGACAGUGCAAUGAUACUGGAAACAAAGGACACUUAUCUUACCAGCUUCUUCUGUGCCAUCAGUGAUAGGACUUUGGAACUGCAUGCAGCAGAAUCAAAAAACAAAGAAAUGGAACAGAGAUUGGUCAACCUAAAGAAAAAACUGACUGCUACACUGGUGCUGGAAAAGCAGUUAGAGAAGGAUCUUGAAAAAACAAAGACGCAUCUUGAGAUAGAAGUAGCCAAAUCAGAGAACCGACUUCAGAACCUUCAGUUCCUGGAAGACAAAUCUGAGGAUCUCAAAAUUAGGAUUAAGACUGCUGAGGAGCAGCUUGCUGCCAGCGGGUUAGACCAGUCAUUGCUGCAUGAGUCAUUAGUGAGCAUGUCUGAGAAACUGGCUGAAAUGCAGGAAGAAAUGGUGCAUGUGAAGAAGAAACUUGAGUACUAUCUUGAUCUACCUCCUAAUCUUUCCCUUGCACGAGUGAAGGUUGAAGAAGCAAAACGAGAACUGAAUGCCUUGGAGGAAGAGUUCUCAAAGCAGAUUGAAAUGCUGACUCAUGAUGUGCAGGAAACCAAAAAACUCUAGUUCUCCUGAAGUGGCCUGAACAGAAGAUUUCCUUCUUGUCUAUUUAUUUGUACUAAUAAAACAUUUUGGACUUAGUAUAUUCUGCAGCUUUCUGUCUUACUCUUAUCAUGGUUGGAUGGCACGCUUGUGACCUUUCAGCAAGCAUGCUCUUCUUUUCAGUGGUUCGUGUAGCAGUGCAUUUGUAAAUGUCACCUACUUUUCCAAUAAAAUUCUUUCUUUCUUCCCAAA